AGUGAGGUUUGGUCAUGAUAAUUAUGGUCUAACUAGUUAGCCUCAUUACUGCCUUACCAGUGAUCCCUGCAGCUGCUUUCAGCUUCCUUCUAUAUGUUCACUUUUCUCUUCUCUUCUGCUUUUAGGUUUGGUGAACUUGGUCAAUACCACAGUCAAGAAUUUUGCCUGGAUGUUAUGGAGAUAGAGCAGGUUAUUAGUUGUCAUGGUGAUGGUGGUGGUAGUAGUAGUUGUGGGGAUGCGGAGGCAGCAGCAGGUUUACCAAGAGGAGGAGAAGAAGUAAUAGUAGGAAGAUCUAUGUACUUGGUAUGGGAAGAUUUAACAGUGUUGUUGCCAAACUUUAGUGAAGGACCUACAAGGAGAUUGCUUAAUGGGCUUAAUGGGUAUGCUGAACCUGGUAAGAUCAUGGCUAUUAUGGGUCCUUCUGGUUCUGGGAAAUCCACCCUUCUUGAUGCAUUAGCAGGUAGACUCUCAGGAAAUGUUAUCAUGACUGGAAAUGUUCUGGUUAAUGGGAAGAAGAGGAAACUUGGCUAUGGUGGUGUCGCUUAUGUAACACAAGAAAAUACGUUGCUGGGAACUCUCACUGUUAGAGAAACAUUAACUUACUCGGCUCAUUUAAGGCUUCCAGGCAGCAUGACCAGAGAAGAGAUUGAAGGCAUUGUACAAGGAACAAUCAUGGAAAUGGGUCUCCAAGAUUGCGCGGAUCGGCUAAUUGGAAAUUGGCAUUUGAGAGGAAUAAGUGGUGGGGAGAAGAAAAGGCUAAGCAUUGCACUUGAAAUCCUUAUUAGGCCACAACUUUUAUUUCUUGAUGAACCGACCAGUGGACUAGACAGUGCCUCAGCUUUCUUUGUUAUUCAAACUCUCAAAAACAUAGCUCACGAUGGAAGAACAGUUAUCUCUUCAAUUCACCAGCCAAGUAGUGAAGUUUUUGCUCUCUUUGAUGACCUUUUCCUGUUAUCUAAUGGUGAAGUUGUUUAUUUCGGAGAAGCAAAGAUGGCAGUAGAGUUUUUCGCUGAAGCUGGAUUCCCAUGUCCGAGUAGAAGAAAUCCUUCAGAUCAUUUUCUACGUUGUAUUAAUUCAGACUUUGAUCAUGUCACUGCAACUUUGAUGGGAUCUCAAAGAUCUAGUCCUCGACACCAGGAAAUUCAAAUAUCAUCAGAUUCUUUGGCAAAUUUGCCAACAGCAGAGAUCAAGGCAGUGCUAGUUAAGAAAUACAGGUUCUCCAACUAUGCAGCGAGGGCAAAAGCUAGGAUUAGAGAAAUCUCGGCCACUAAAGGGAUUGAGGCUAAGAGGAAAAGGGAAAGCCAGGCAAACUGGAGCAAGCAGCUUUCAAUAUUGACACAAAGAUCAUUCACCAACAUGUGGAGAGAUUUGGGGUAUUACUGGGUGAGGAUAGGUAUCUACAUAGCUUUGUCUAUUUGCGUUGGCACCAUCUUUUUCGAUGUUGGAAGGAGCUACACUGCAAUUUUGGCUCGCGGAGCUUGUGGAGGAUUCAUAUCAGGAUUUAUGACAUUCAUGUCCAUUGGAGGCUUCCCUUCCUUUAUCGAAGAACUUAAGGUCUUUUAUAAAGAAAGACUCAAUGGGCAUUAUGGGGUUGGAAUAUAUAUUCUGUCAAACUUCCUCUCUUCCUUCCCAUACUUAACUGUGAUGUCAGUGGCUACUGUGAGUAUUACCUUUUACAUGGUAAAAUUUAGACCUGAGUUUUCGCAUUUUGUGUAUGCCUGCCUUGACCUUACAAGCAGCAUAGCGGCAGUUGAAAGCUGCAUGAUGACCAUAGCUUCGCUUGUUCCAAACUUCUUAAUGGGAGUAAUUGUUGGAGCCGGAUAUAUUGGAAUCCUGAUGAUGACCUCUGGGUUCUUUCGUUUGCUGCCUGAACUUCCCAAGGUCUUUUGGCGUUACCCUGUUUCUUAUAUCAAUUAUGGAGCAUGGGGAUUGCAGGGUGCAUACAAGAACGACAUGAUUGGGAUUGAGUUUGAUCCUUUAGUACCAGGUAAUCCAAAACUGAAAGGCGAAUUUGUUCUUAGUACCAUGCUUGGUAUUGAUCUUCAUCAUUCAAAAUGGUGGGACCUGGUGGCUGUUGUAGUCAUUCUAAUAGCUUUCAGACUUCUCUUCUAUGCUAUUCUCAAGUUCAAGGAGAGAACUAUGCCCGUGUUUCAUAAGCUCUACGCCCAGAGAACUAUAAAACAUCUCAAAAAGAGGCCAUCCUUCAGGAACAGUUCACCCUUCCCUUCUUUCAGGAAAAGUUCACCUUUCCCUUCUACGAGGCACCAGACUCUACAUUCUUUGUCUUCUCAAGAGGGUCUCAACUCUCCGAUCCACUAGCAGCACCACCAAAUUAAACAUAUAGCAGUUAUAGUCAAACUUCUUCUGUGAUCUUGGAAAAAUACUGGGUAAGGAGAUAAGAAAGGAAGGUAUAAAUAUGAAAUUCAAAACUUCCUUCAAAGAAUACUUAUUGAAUGUGUGCAAAUAUAUGUUCGGGUAUCUGAUGAUCACAGGCAGUCCAUGGUAACACUGGAAGAAAUCACGAUAGCACUAAAAUAGGUUCAGCUACAUAAAUUCUCAUGUAUUAAUCAGUUAAAUCUAAAGCAACAGUUUAAGAAAUAAUGUUUGUCUGCAAUUUGUAUCAAUGAAUGUGGUUGUGGAAUUUUACACUA